CGGCGCGUCACGUGCGCGUCCCGGGCCGGUCUACUCGCUCUCUUUCCCCGGCGCCGCCUCCUGCCUUUGCCCCCGGCCCGAGAGGCGGCGGUUCCCGGCGGCUGCUUGGCGUCAUGUCCCACCAGACCGGCAUCCAAGCUAGCGGCGAAGUCCAAGAAACCUUUGCUAGAGCCAGAAAUGGACAAUACAGGUUUUUGAAAAUAGUUAUUGAUAAUGAACAGCUGACUGUGGGAUCAGCAAGACAAGCUGUUGGAUCCUGGGAAGCAGAUUAUGAUUCCUUUGUUCUCCCACUCCUUGAAGAAAAGCAGCCGUGUUAUAUUCUUUAUAGAUUAGAUUCUCAAAAUGCCCAAGGAUAUGAGUGGAUCUUUAUUGCAUGGUCACCAGACCAUUCUCCUGUUCGUCAGAAAAUGUUGUAUGCAGCUACCCGGGCAACCCUGAAGAAAGAAUUUGGAGGCGGGCAUAUUAAAGACGAAGUGUUUGGAACCAACAAGGAUGAUGUUUCGCUGAACGGUUACCAAAAGUACUUGGUAACUCAGUCCUCGCCUGCCCCUCUGACCGCAGCCGAAGAAGAACUCCGACAGAUCAAGAUUAAUGAGGUACAAACUGACGUCAGUGUUGACACUAAGCACCAGACUCUACAAGGUGUAGCAUUCCCUAUAGCUAAAGAAGCCCUCCAGGCACUGGAAAAACUGAAAAACAAGCAGCUUAACUAUGUGCAAUUGCAAAUUGAUAUGAAAAAUGAAACUAUCGAACUGGCUAGUACACUCCCAACGGAGCUGAAGGACUUGCCGAAAAGAAUUCCAAAGGACUCGGCACGGUACCAUUUUUUCCUGUACAAACAUUCCCACGAAGGAGACUACUUGGAAUCAAUAGUUUUUAUCUACUCCAUGCCGGGCUAUAUGUGCAGUAUACGAGAACGGAUGCUCUACUCUAGCUGCAAGAGUCCUCUUCUAGAAAUUGUAGAAAGACAACUGUGGAUGCAGAUCAUCAGAAAGAUUGAAAUCGGCGAUGGGGAAGAGUUAACUGCCGACUUCCUUUAUGAAGAAGUUCAUCCCAAGCAACAUGCACACAAGCAGAGUUUUGCCAAGCCGAAAGGACCCGCAGGCAAAAGGGGCAUCCGAAGGCUGAUCAGGGGCCCGGCAGAAGCCGAAACACCUACUGACUAAAUGCAGCACCGGGAACAGAAGCAUUGCGGUGGGCGGUAGGGAACCCACCCUAGCCUUUAGAAAUGAACUGAAAGCAUUCCACACCCCUUUUUUUCCAGAAUAAGGUGACUCGUGAUUUUUCACUGCACUUACACGCCACCUUAGAUGAUACAAGGUCCACAGCCUGUGGUUGUAAUGAAUUGGGUUCAACUAAAACUAGAAGCUUCUAUAAGGUUAAUUCUAAUAUGAAUUAAUAUCAUAGCCUUACAGUUCAACACUACGCUAUAUGUAGCAUAUAGAGGUCUGAAGUCAGUUUAGUGACAACAUAAAAUGGAUCAUUAGCUAGAUAUUGAAUUUUUUUCUCUUGCAUUAUCUACUUUUGGGGGGCUGCUGCUUUAGAAUAAAAAUUGGCAGGACUGGGCCCUGUUUUUCUCCAUUGUAGAAAGACAGGGGAAGUACAAACAGUGCAAUAUUUUAUUCCACUCUUUUCAUACCAUGAUCCUAAACAUUUAUUUGGAAGCAAGUUCCGUUGAGAUCAAUGGGCCUUUAUUCCAACUAGACUUUUAAGAUCUGGCUGCCACUAGACUGAAACCUGACUCAUUUGAUACAGGGACCCAAAAUUAUAUUCUUUGUAGCCUUCUAACAAUACAUUUCUGGUUUUCUGAGAGAAUAACACUUUUUUUUUUUACAUAAAUCAUGUUUGGCAAUAAGGUUAAGCACUACAUUAAAAAAGAUGUGAUUCUGUAAGGAACACCAAUGCUAUGAAAUAAGAGUUUUCACCAUCCAAAUCAUUCCAAUCUAAUUAAAUUAUGAAAGCUGCUGUGGUGUGAUUGACUCUCAGUUCUGGCCCGGUUCACAAGCAAACCAUUAAGUGUAUCCUCAUGCGUUUCUUGCAUCUAAGUAAAGAUGUUCUCCAGGCAACAGGUAUGAAAUUAUUAAAUGGUUGCAGUCUGAGUCAAACUAAUAUAUUUAGGUAGAGGAAGCAAGCCUUUCCCAGCUGGUUUAAUGCAAUCGAACUAAGCAGAAACUAUGUUUCUGUUGAACAACAGCCACAGCUGAUGCAAACCAUGAAUAACUGCUUCCCAGUAAGUGAACAGUUAAAGCACACAUGGUUACCAUCUUAGCUUUCUAUGUUAAAUAAUCUGUGCUUCUUUCUGAGGUCCCCAAAUGUUUAUCUCCCAGCCAUUUUUAGCAGUUUGUUUUGGAAGUAAAUUCUAUUGAAUUCACUAGGGCUUUAUGUAACCGACGUUCCCUGUCUUAGUUGGUCUUUCUUAACCUUCAAGAUCACUAAACUGCUUCCGUGGCUCUUUGUCUUUCUCUCCCAGUAUAAGUGGUAGGCGAGAGCUUGUUUUCAAGGAAACAAUUUGUUUAAAUUUAAAAGGUUGCGGGAAAGAAAGCGUUUCACCUUUCCGUGGAACUUUUGUAGAUCACUGUUAAUCACAAACACUUGGCUCUCUUGUAAUGUCAGCAUAUUAAUCAUAGCUGCCAAGUUUUCGCUUUUCUCGCGAGGAAGCCUAUUCAGCAUAAGGGAAAAUCCCUGUAAAAAAGGGAUAACUUGGCAGCUAUGUAUUAAUACCGCUCCACUGUGAUCAUUGCUGUGAUCAGUUCUAAACACUUCCUUACCGGAAUAACAAAAGGACUGAGUUGUGAGCUAAUUUGGAUGGCAACCUUCCACCACUGCUGUAGAUCAAGAAUGGUGAUGCUGGGGUUCUUCAAAUGUUGGCCUCCUGGCUCCCUUAUCCCUGACCUAUAGCCAAGCUGUUUGGGACUGAAGGGCGUUGGAAUCCAAUGAAAUCCAGAGGACCACAGAUUCCCCAUCUCUGCUGUCCAUUUUUCCAGGUUCAAUGCAGGAGUAGCCCACCAGAUGCUGGGACUCCAACUCCUACCAGCCCCAGCUAACAUGACCAAUAGUGAGAGAUGAUGGGAACUGUACUCCAACAACACAUGGAGCAUGCCGUGUUGGUUACUCCCUGAAAUGAAGACAUUGCAUCUUACUUUGGUUGUGCUAGGGGAAUAGUUCCCUCUUUACAGUAGCAGCAUAGCUUGCUUCUCCUCCCAAAAUGCUCCAAUAAAUUUGAACCCAGGGGAGCUGGUAGAACAUACCUGUCAAGUUCCUGUGGGUGAAAUAAGGGACCGGACCAGAAGUAGCAGACCGGAAGUAGCGCUGCUGCCAUUUUGGAACUGGGUGGAGCAUGCUCAGAAGCGACUUUUGAUGCUGCUUUGCCCAGUUCCAAAAUGGCCGUCACGCCAGAAUAAACCGGGGGAAAACAAAAAAAAACCCCGUUUUUUCAGCUGGGAACAGCUAGAAAAACGGGGGUUUCCCAGGGAAUAUGGGAGACUUGGCAGCUAUGUGGUAGAAGGACUUGAGAACUUCACUUCCUGUCCUAAAAGGGCAUUGGCUGGAACGAUGAGAUUGCGGCUAUGCUCUUUUGGCAACAUGGAACUGCCACAAAUGAAAAGCGGCGUAGGCUCCUUGUGGUAAAACAGAAUGGGGGGAAAUCUGAAACGUGCCUUCUGUUGCAUAUUUUAACACAUGCACCACUAGUCGGUUUUGCAUAGUGAGUUGCUGUAGAUUAUGCAAACGUCUUUUAACUGCACAAAUAUUGCUAAUCUUUUCCAUGGAACAAAUGGUGUACAAAGGAGAUGAUUUGUAACUAAGCAUCCCACGUCCAACCCUAAUACUUUUGUCUUUUGCAGCCCAUGACAAAUAGCACAUUGUUCUUAGUUGUUAUCUUCUCAAGACAAGCAGGCGUUGUUGGCAUUCGUGCAACAAGAAAACUGCUGUAGAAGGGUAGUUCAAGCAAUCUAAGAGGCUGUUUCAGCAGGAGCACGGAGUGCAUGAAAUGUGGCCGCACUUAACCAUUAGGGAUACGUUAUUCUGAAAAUAGCCAAGGGUCUUAUCACUGGGGUGGGUCAAACUGACUGCACAAUUGAUAGGGGUCGGGUGAGGGCCUUUCCUCUUUCCUGUCCCUGUGACAGUGGAACAAAGAGAACCACUUCCCAAGCACAACAUUCCAGUGGAUCCUGACUCCUGAAAAGGAUCAUCUCUUUGCCCUCGCCCUCAAAAUCCAUACCAGCGCCACUUCAUGCCAGGUCUAAAUGGGCCCAGAUUCCUCACUGCUGCGCUACCCCUUGUGACAUGUGUUCUAGGCUAGCCCAGCGAUGAAAAAACUCGCUUCCCUCUAUGGCCCCAAAUACAUUAUUAUUAUUUAUUAAAUUUGUAUACCACCCUUCAUCUGUAGCUCUCACAGCACAGAAAUACAAGACAAAAAUACACAACAAGAACAAAACAAUAACUCCCCAAUCUUCUCUUAGUGUUUUUAAGUGUCAGGUGUAACUUCAGCCUGAACACAGCAGAGUUUGUGCAGGUUUUUCCGGAAGCUUCUGGCGGUAACUUAAAUGACUAGACGUCUGGACGCAGAGUAAACUAUACACAGGAUUUAUUAAAAUAAAAGAAAUCCAGAGUUUCUAUGUACAACUUUAGAACUCAAAAACAAAGUAAAUCCUUUCCUCUCUCUCUCACACACACACAACCGAUACAGCACCUCUCCUCCUACACUGACCACACUCACCACACCACACACUGUGCUAGCUUUCUCUGAUAACAGGUCUCAGUGCUGAUCUCAACCAAUGAGAGCGCAGUUACUAUGGGAGAAGUAGACCUUGGCUUUCUGCCCAAUGUUAAUUGCUUGUCCUAGAGUUGAUUGUGUGAAGAAGCAAUCUGAUGGUUUCUCAUGCUACUAAUUUAGCAAAACCCGAACAUCUUCCCUCCCCCAAGCAUAUUUAAAAGGAUAUAGGAUGUUAGUCAGCCAAAGACCUGGAUAAAAAGGAAUGUUUCUGCCUAGAACCUAAAGGUGUAUAAUGGAGGCACCAGGCAAACCUCCUUGGGGAGAGCAUUCCACAAACAGGAAGCCACUGCAGAGAAGGCCAGUUCUUGUGUUACCACCCACUGGACCUCUUGUGAAGGAGGCACAUGAAGAAGGGCCUCAGAAGAUGAUCUCAGGGUCCAGGUAGGUUCAUAUGGAGAGAGUCGUUCAUUGAGGUCUUGCAGUUCUGUUUAUGAGGCUUCUGCUAGGAUGGCUUCUGCUCUUCUCUGUGCUGUUCUCCACUGCCUGCCAUGUAUUUACCUGGCCACACAAAGGCACAGUAAGUGCAUCAUUUCACCCACUGCAACGUUGAGUUUCUGUCCUGUAAUUUCUCACCUGAUGUAUCUUCAUGCUGUAAUCAAUGAGUCUCAAGACCAAAAUAAAAUCUACUAGGAAAGCAUGCCAGGGAUGAAAUUUACUCAGGGUUGAUCAAUGUAGAAUGUCUGUUAAUUAAAUAUUAACAUACUAGGAGAUGGGCAGUGAAUAUCUUAGAAUUUUUUUUGCAAAAUAAUUUAUGGAAUAAACUUGCUUUGAAAAAGAGAUAUAUGCGGUUCGACUAAAGUAUUGAAUAAACUGAUUUUGAUUAUAGGUACUUAUGUUCAUCUUUUAGAUGUUAUCUUCUGGCUGAAUAAAUGAAUUCUUUCAU